AUGGCAACGAUAAAAGAUUUCAGUUGCGUCGGUGGCAUGGAAAAUCAUAUAGAGACCCUAAAAGAAACGGUAUUAUUCCCGCUGAUGUAUGGAGAAGUUUACUCUAGGUUUAACAUCAAACCACCACGUGGACUUCUGUUCUACGGACCUCCAGGAACUGGAAAAACUCUCAUGGCCGGUGCUCUGGCAUUCGAGUGCAGUAGUGCCGGGCGGAAGGUUUCCUUCAUAUCACGAAAGGGUGCGGAUUGUCUGAGCAAGUGGAUUGGUGAGAGCGAAAAAAAGCUGCAGGAUAUUUUUCUUCGGGCAAAACAAACGAAACCCUGUAUUAUAUUCUUCGACGAGAUUGAUGGAUUGGCCCCGGUUAGAUCCAGUCGUCAGGACUUCGUUCACACAAGCGUUGUGUGUACCCUCCUCGCCUUGAUGGACGGACUGGAUAACAACUCGGAGGUCAUUGUUAUCGGAGCUACCAACAGAAUCGAAGCUAUAGACCCAGCUCUCCGUAGACCAGGAAGAUUCGACAAGGAAUUGUACUUUCCAUUGCCGUGUUUCAACACUAGGAAACAAAUACUGUCGGUCCACGUCAACAGCUGGAAACAGAAACCAGCCAAGAGAUUCCUAUCGUACCUAGCCUCGAAGACAAUUGGAUUCUGCGGUAGCGAUCUUCAGGCUCUAUGUGCUGAGGCAGUUAUGUGCUGCGUCAGAAGAAAUUAUCCACAAAUUUACACAUCGAAAAAAAAACACCGUAUAAACGGCAGGUUUCUUCAACGGAUUAAGGAGGCGCGACGCACUCUUCCUUCCUUGCUGUACGUCCCAGAUAUCACGGCGUGGUGGGAACUGGUAGACGAACGAGCACGCGUCGUCUUCGCAUCUCUUAUGCGGGGGCUUGACAGAACCGUGACUAUACUGAUUCUGACAACCGCCAAUUGUCCACACGCCGAGCUUCCCGAGGAGAUACAGCAAUUGUAUAAUGAGUGCCAAGGCGAAGUGUUCGAGGUAUCUGCACCGGAAGUCACGGAACGAAAAACAUUCUUCGAACAACUGUUCUUUCCCUCUGGGUCAACACCGUCAAUCACCGAAAAUCGAUCACAGGAUUCGUCUUCUAGCGAUGUGAUAGAAGUACCGCCGGGCAAGAGAGUUUCUACGGAGAUCGACCUGAGGGCAAAGCCCGGCAGGGUUCAGUCUGUCCAUUCAACAUCACCGUUUGGAACAGCUUUGAAACGCGAGUAUAGCGCAGCCGGCGAGGCCUGCAGGGCAUCGAAACGUGCCAGGAUGAAAUCUGAAGCCAGAAGUACGGAUGAAAAGGUGAAGCCAGGUCAAGUUUUGGAGAACAUGCCGAGCAAUCGAACGACGGAAUUAUUGCGUAGGACGGUAGCCGUGACCGCGAGAUCCAAUAGUCAACAACUCGAAAGCCUCUACGCGCUUCUUGAAAGGGCUAUUCAAAACCAUAAGAGUGAUGUAUACGCCACCGUCAUUAGAUGUUUGGACAACUACAACGGGAGUAGAAAGUUGAAGCGAAAAGCCCGCAAGAAAAACGAUUACCCUGGGGGUAAAUGCAGCAAAAAGUUGCCGCAGUGUUGCAACGGUACCGGAAAGUUCGAGCUCGAGAACAAUUGA